GCGUAUUAUAUUAUUGGAUUUUAAUAGUGAUGAAUUGAUGUGUUCAUCACCUGGUAAAGGUGAAGCUGAUGACUGCUUGCAUAAACUGGAAAUCCUCACGUAACAUACCUCCAAAUUGUACUUGUAAGUGUAAGUCCAGUACUCUCUCUCUGCACAGGUUGCAGGGCUUCCACCUCUUUCUCUUUUGCUCUCUCUCUCUUUCUCUCUCUCUCAGUCUGUUGCAGGUCAGGAUGGAGGUGGCUGCUCUCUCUCUGCUUCUCUUGCUGAAUUGUCUGGAUUCUGGUUCUGCUAAAGUUUCUCUGACAGUCACACCUGAGAGAUCCCAGUUCUUUAAAUUUGAUCAUUUCUCUGUGAGCUGUGAGGAAGAGGAGCAGACGACUAAAUGGAGCGUUAUGAAGAUGACAGAGGACAGAGAGGUGCAUCAAUAUCCAUCCUCCUGCUCCAUCAUUGCAGCCUUCCCUACCACAGAUACCGGACAGUACUGGUGUAAAACUGGACUGGGAGAAACCAGUGACCCUGUCAACAUCACCGUCACUGUGUCUCUCUGCUUGUCUCACUCAGCUGGCUCUGUGAUCCUGGAGAGUCCAGUCCAUCCUGUGAUGGAGGGAGAAGAUGUCACUCUGAGCUGCAGAAGUAAAAUCACGCCUGAUUACGACCCCUCAGCUGAUUUCUAUAAAGAUGGCCUCCACAUCGGGAUGAGCGCCACAGGAAACUUGACCCUCUACAGUGUUUCCAGGUCUGAUGAAGGGCUCUACAAAUGUAACCGGUCUGAAAUAUCACCAGAGAGCUGGCUGGUUGUCAGAGCGCCGCCUGCAGGCCAGGAUACUCCAGCUUUCCAGCUGCCACUGGUGCGUCACCUGGUGGUGGGAACUCCUUACCUUCUGUCCACCAUCAUACUGGGACUCAUAUACAGAGACAGAGUCAAAGCGCAACAUGCCAGUAAAGCAAGGCGAAUGUCUAAUGAUGUCAUAAUAGAAAUUGCUGCAUAGACUCCAUUGACAUCUAAGAGGGAGGAGCAUCUUCACAUCUGACUCAGCAUAAAGAAGAAAACAUUCCAGUUUCUGCUGUUUAAUUUCAUUUUUAUUUAUACUGUCAUUCUGUAGACGGUACUUGCAGUUGUCUUUCUGAACAUUAUAUUUAUGUUUGACCUGAUUCCCUGUGAUUCAGUUUAUUCUGUUUUAGUUUUUUUUUAAGUUUAUGUCUGAGUUUGUGUUUUGCUGACAUGGAAAAUUAACAACUGAAUGUCUUUGUUGUUUCACACCUGUUAUAAAAAAGUCUGAAACUAACUGAGGCUUUUGGGUGGCUGGUCGCUGGUCGGGUUGAAGCGCUUACUGUUUUAACAGGAAGUACAGGCGCCCAAGGUGUGAAAAACAACAAGAUUAAAAGAAUUAACUUAAAAGAGAAAUAAGUUAAACUGAGUAAAAUGUUGUGUCAGGGAUUUUCCAAUGCUCUCUGUCACAAGGUUUCAUUUAAGAUUGGCGUAAUAGCUAAGUGGCCACAAGUCCUCCAACCUAAAUGACCACAUAGCCAAUGACUCACAAUACGACCCAUAUGAGCGUGGCCUAAAUUUGUGCCCUGACCUACAUCACAUGACAUAAACACGUGGAGACCACAGCAACACAAAGGACCCUUUCUGCUGCAUAAUGUUACGAGGUCAACAUGCUUGUCAGCAUAUGCCUAUUUGUGGUGAUCAAGUGGUCAGUUAUUGUUGUUAACAUGUAAUUAGUUAACAUUGAUUUUAAUUACAUAUACAAUAAAACUAAGCUGGGUCCCAGCCAGACAUUUACUUGACACAUCCACCACCUCUGACACAUCCACUUUCUCGCUGUUUAUACUACAUCCCCUGACUUCUUUUGCCUCUAAGUCGCAGCCUAACUAAAAAUGUGUAAUGGGAAUUCCAAACAUAUUGCAUGUAACCCUGGACUCAGGGAGACUAAUGUGUGAUGUGGCACUGAAUCUGUGUAAACGUAACAGUCCAAAUAUCUCUGUUCUCUUUGUUAUCCAGACUUUGGGGACAACCUGUCUCUCUGUAAAGCUGGCUAAAUAACAGGCUCACUCAGCUGUCCUCACUCAUUCGAGCAUACAUGUAUGAUCAUCUUUUCGAUCAUCUUGUUGAUAGUGCUGCUGGCUCGCUGCGAAUGACACUCGACUCUGUAGCC